AUGGCGUACCUGGCCGACAACCUCGGCAUCCGCACCGUGAUAGACUUGCGCACAAAUACUGAGCUAGCUCGCCAAGCAGCCAAGCGUGCUGCGCAGCGCGUCACGAAUCCCUCCAUCCCAGAAACGUAUCAUAUCCCGGGCAUCCAGUAUCAUGAGAUCAAGGUGACAGGUCGCAGCUUUGAGCGUCACAUAGCUAGCCUUCUCACAUGGUGGCAAUUUCUUCAGUUCCUCUUCCUCUACGCCUUCAACUACCGCAACGAGGCCAUCCGCAUCGUGGCCGAAAACGUCCUCGUGCCGCGCGGACUGCUCGGCAUCGGCCGCGACAAGCUGGACCACUCGGGCGCGGAGAUUGCCGCGGCGCUGACGCUCUACACGAGCACGCAGACGACGCCCGUUUUGGUGCACUGCACUCAGGGCAAAGAUCGGACGGGACUGAUUUGUUGCCUCCUCUUGAUGAUAUUGGAAGUCCCCAUGUCGGCCAUCGAGUACGACUACCUCCUCACGGACGAGGGCCUCGACCCUGAGCGCGAGCAGCUGAUCAACGAGGUCAAAUCUGUCGGUCUGACCGAGGAAUGGGCGUAUACGCACCGCGAGAUGAUGUCAGGGCUGAAGAGUCAUCUUGAUCAGAGGUUCGGUGGCCUUGACCCGUACCUCGACUCGAUAGGGUUCGACCAGUCUCGACGUGCACUCGUCCGCGAUACUCUCCUCGUUUGA